CCUGGUAGUCCUCAGCUCCGCUGGCUCUCUGGCCCGGACAAAGUCCACCAGCACUCACAGUGAGACAUCAGCUGUCUCUUCUGCAGAUGUCAGAGCAGGGAGGAAACCAGCGGUAAUAUCCAUUUAGGAACCGUUGCGAUCCCGUUGACCUCAUUGAUGGUAAGCUGCUGUUCAUGUCUCCUGAACCUCAACAAAGCUCUUUGAGAUGGCCACGGUCGAGUUAUAUACCAAGGGCGCGACAGUGUGGAUCCACGACCCGGACGCUGUCUGGGUCUCAGCCCAGAUCCUGUUGACCUACAGAGCCGAGGACCAACACCUGCUGCUGCUGUUGAAUGAUGGCAGGGAGGCCCGCCUGCCGGCCGCGGCCCCCAGCGAGCUCCCUCUCCUGGGGAACCCCGCCAUCCUGGAGGGGGCCAACGACCUCACCGCCCUCAGCUUCCUCCACGAGCCCGCCGUGCUGCACAACCUCCGCGUCCGCUUUCUGGACUACAGCAGCAUCUACACCUACUGCGGGAUCGUGCUGGUCGCCAUCAACCCCUACGACCAGCUGCCUGUGUACGGCAAGGAGGUGAUCGACGCGUACAGCGGCCAGGACAUGACCGACAUGGAGCCCCACAUCUUCUCCGUGGCCGAGGAGGCCUACCGCACCAUGACCAGGGAGGAGGAGAACCAGUCCAUCAUCAUCAGCGGGGAGUCGGGGUCGGGGAAAACCGUCUCCGCCAAGUUCACCAUGCGCUACCUGGCCGUGGUGGGGGGGGCCUCGGAGCAGACCAGCGUCGAGGAGAGGGUGCUGGCCUCCAACCCCAUCAUGGAGUCGAUUGGAAACGCUAAAACCACUCGCAACGACAACAGCAGCCGAUUCGGAAAAUACAUCGAGAUCGGCUUCGGGGUGACGGGGGAGAUGUUCGGGGCCAACAUGCGGACCUACCUGUUGGAGAAGUCCAGGGUGGUGUUCCAGGCUCCGUCGGAGAGGAACUACCACGUCUUCUACCAGCUGUGUGCCUCCCGGGCGCUGCCCGAGAUGAGAGCUCUUAGACUCGACUCUGCAGAGCAGUUCCGCUACACCAACCCGGGAGGAGACGUGGAGAUACCGGGGAACGAUGACAAGGCAGACCUGGAGCGCACCCGCAAGGCCUUCACCGUCCUUGGGGUGCCGCCCCACCAGCAGAUGGAGCUCUUCACCAUCCUGUCAGCUGUGCUGCACUUGGGGAACGUCGACAUCCAGGCCAGCGGCAGAGGGGGCGAUCGCAGUUACAUCGACCCAGCAGACAGUUCCCUGGCCGUCUUCUCCAUGCUGUUAGGAGUGGACGGGCCCCAGAUGGCUCACUGGCUGUGCCACCGCCGGCUGGCCGUUGGGGGAGAGACGCUGGUGAAGCCCAUGGCCGGUCAGCGAGCCCUGGAGGCCCGGGACGCCCUGGCCAAGCACAUCUACGGCCAACUCUUCACCUGGACGGUGCACCGGCUCAACGCCGCCCUGCACGCCCCCCGCCGCCGGCCCAAGUCCUUCAUCGGGGUGCUGGAUAUCUACGGGUUUGAGACCUUUGACCGAAACAGCUUUGAGCAGUUCUGUAUAAACUACGCCAACGAGAAGCUGCAGCAGCAGUUCAACCGGCAUGUGUUCCAGCUGGAGCAGGAAGAGUACGUCCGGGAGGAGCUGGCCUGGAGCAGGAUAGAGUUCAGCGACAACCAGCCCUGCAUCGACCUGAUCGAGGGACACCUGGGACUGCUGGACCUGUUGGAUGAGGAGGGCAGGAUGCCAAAGGGCUCCGAUGAGAACUGGGCGAUGAAGCUGUACGACCAGCACUACUGCUCCAACCCUCACCCGUACUUCAGUAAGCCUCGGCUCUCCAACAGCGCCUUCAUCCUCCUGCACUUCGCCGAUGAAGUUCAAUAUGAGUGCGGUGGCUUCCUGGAGAAGAACAGAGACACCGUGUUUGAGGAGCCUAUCAAUAUCCUCAGAGCGAGUCAGUCAGAGCUGGUGGCCGAGCUCUUCCAGCAACCUGCCCCGGGGGACUGUGAGGCCGUGGCAGGCGGGACUUCCUCCUCUCCGACCAAUGGGAGCCUUCGAUCAGGGAGGAGGAGCCACAAGGAGCACAAACUGACCGUGGGAUUUCAGUUCCGCCAGUCGCUGCAGCAGCUCAUGGGCACGCUGAACAGCACCACCCCUCACUACGUCCGCUGCAUCAAGCCCAACGACCUGAAGGAGCCCUUCCUGUUUGACCCCAGGCGGACGGUGCAGCAGCUCCGGGCGUGCGGGGUUCUGGAGACGGUCCGCAUCAGCGCGGCCGGUUUCCCCUCCAGGUGGACGUACGGGGACUUCUUCCAGCGCUACCGCGUGCUGCUGCGGGGGGCCGCCCCCCCCCGAGACCAGGAGCCGGUCCAGGCGGCGUGCCGGCGCGCCCUGCCCCGGCUCCUCCCCGACCCGGAGCGGUACCGCUUCGGCCGGACCAAGGUGUUCCUCCGGGCGGGGCAGGUGGCCGUGAUGGAGCGGCUGCGGGCGGAGAGGCUCCGGGGGGCCGCGGUGGAGGUCCAGCGCCGCGCCCGGGGCUGGCUGGCCCGCCGGCGCUACGGCCGCGUCCGCUGGGCGGCCGCCACCCUGCAGAGGCACUGCAGGGGGGCGCUGGGCAGGAGGCUGGCCCUGACGCUGCGCUACACGCGGGCCGCCCUGGUGGUGCAGAAGACGUACCGCAUGGUGGCCGUGCGCCGGCUGUACCUGACCAUCGGCCGCGCGGCGCUCACCGUCCAGGCCUUCACGCACGGCAUGUUGGCACGGCGACGGCACAGGGAGGCGCGGGCAGAGCGCGCGGCGGUGCGGCUGCAGGCGGCGGUGCGCGGCUGGCUGGCGCGGCGUGCGUACGGGCGCGUGCGCCGCGCCGUGGUGCUGGCCCAGUGCUGCGCCCGGCGCCGCGCCGCACACCGCCGCCUCACGGCGCUGAAGGCGGAGGCGCGGACGGUGGAGAAGGUCCGGCAGCUGAACAAAGGGAUGGAGGUGAAGCUGAUGCAGCUGCAGCUCAGGGCCGACCAGGAGGCCCGAGACAGCGCCUCCCUCAGGGAGACCCUGCUCUGUGAGCGGGUCGCCCACGCAGCCGGGCUGGCGGGCCUCCAGCGGGACGUCCGGAGGCUGGAGAGACAGAGGGGGGAGGAGGAGGCGGCCCGAGCCCCGCCCGCCGCCCCGGAGGCGGAGCUAGAGGAGAGGAGGCGGGCCGAGGAGAGGGCGGCCCAGGAGACGCUCAGACUCACCCAGGACAGGCAGGCCCUGCUGUCGGAGAGGGACCUCCUGCUGAGAGAGAAGGAGGAGCUCUCGUCCUGCCUACAGGAGCUGCAGCAAACACAAGACGAGUGCGUACGGCAGGCUGUAUCCCGGUCGGGGGCGGAGCUGAGGGCGGAGCUUGAGGAGGAGCGCAGGAAGUACCAGGGUCAGCUGCGGGAGUUCACCCGCCUGGAGCAGAGAUACGACAACCUCCGGGAGAUGAGCCAGCUCACCGAGCGCGCCCAGGGCCACAGACGGACGGACUCCAUCCAGAGCCUGGGCUCGGAGCCCCUCUCCCCGGGGCCCGCCUCCCCCGGGCCCGCCUCCCCCGGCCUCCCCCCUCUCUCCCCCUUCUCCCUCCCGUCCGGGGGGGCGUUCCCCGAGGCGGUCGACAGGGUCAGUGUCUCCGGAACCCCCGGGUCCCCAGGACCCCCAGAACCCGUCCCGGACCGGGGGCCCCCAGCCUGGGGCCCCCGUUGGCUCAUGGACCCUCUGAUGGAGAGGAUGGGCGUGGCCAAAGCCUCCACCACACAGAUGAGCGGCGAGGACCUGGGACACGCCUACGACGCCGUGCGGGUCGCCAACAAGUUCCUGGAGGUGCAGCUGAGCAGCCAAUGCAGGCAGUUGGAGGAGGAGCUGCAGGCUGCCAGGACGCUGGCUGGCAGGCCUCCGAGUGGCCGUCCCGCCACUGCACAGCAGGAGGAUGUACUUGAGAUGUUGGAGGUUCGGGAGCUGGAGUGUGUGAGACUAAGGAGGGAACUGAAGGAGCUUCGAGCCACAGUCACCCUGAGAAGACUGUUAGCACAAACCGGUACGAUAUGGCCCGUGAUACGUACGUCCAUAAAGCAAAGCAAUCCCCAGGACCCGCGAGGCCUCCUGGAGGUUCGGAAGCGAGAGGAGGCCAAGCUCAUCAAGAACCUCAUCACAGACGUGCGCGUUGACAGCGCUCUGUCCCUCCCGGCCGGGCUGCCGGCCCGCGUGUUGUUCCUGUGCGUGCGUCACACCGACCGCGGCGGAGACCACGACCGCACACGCUCCUUCUGCAGCAACGCCGUCACCGCCAUGAAGGCAGCGCUGAAGAAGCACUCCAGUGAUGUCAAUAUGACCGCUCUGUGGCUGAAAAACGCCUGCCUGCUGAAUGAUCUGCUGAUGCAACAUUCACCCAAAAAGGCGGGGACCCCAGGCUCAGAGGGGCGGGCACCCCUGACCUCUGACCUCUCUGACGUGAGCCACGCCCUGAGCAGCCUCUGCAUCCAGGCCUACCAGCAGCUGCUGUCCCUCACCCAGGCCCGCCUCCACCCCAUCAUAGUCCCGGCCAUGCUGGAGAGCGAGGCCAUCGCGGGGCUGACGGGGACCGGCGGCCGACCCCCCGCGUCCCGCCGGCGGGCGGGCUCCUCGGAGCCCCGGGACCCCCCCACCGUGGCGGCGGUGCUGCGGGAGCUGGGGGCCCUCCACGGGGCCCUCAGCCGGCAGGCCGCACCCCCGGCCCUGACGGAGCAGGCCUUCCGCCAGCUGACCUACGUCAUCGCCGCCGCCGCGCUCAACAGCCUCCUGCUGAGGAACGACCUCUGCUGCUGGAGGCGCGGCCUCCAGAUACGAUAUAACAUCAGUGUGUUGGAGGAGUGGCUGCGGAGCCACAACCUGCAGGCAGGGGGCGCUGUGGCGGAGCUGGAGCCGCUCAUCCAGGCGGCUCAGCUGCUGCAAGUCGGGAAGAAGACAGAGGCGGACGCAGAGGCGCUGGUCGAGACCUGCAAUGUACUAUCCAGCCAGCAGAUCCUGAAGAUCCUCAAACUCUACACGCCACAAAGCGACCUCGAAGAAAAAGUCACUCUGAAUUUCAUACGCUCCGUUCUGAGCGUCCUGAAGCGGCGCUCAGACGGCCGUCCUCCGCAGCUGGUGAUGGACGUGGGCCACGUGUACCCCGUCACGCUGCCCUACCUGCCCCCCCCGGAGCUCCACGCCGGUCAGCUGGACAUCCCCGACGCCCUGAAGAUCUCCUUCCUCCGCAGGGCCUGA